AUCAAGGCGUUGGGCAUGGCCUCAUGCCGUAAGCCUACGGUUGUCCAGUAGUCCGUUAGUCCUGGCUCCUGGGGCAAGGAAGGAACCGGCCACCCGCGAGGCCACGAUCCCUUUGACCGCCAUGGCCGCGUCGCUGUCACGACGACUGACGCCAAGAUGCGCCAGCGCCACCGCCUUGUCGCCUGUAUAAUUCCUCAGCUAUCCAGCCGUCGCUGAUUUCCGCGGCAGGCGGCAGCGAUGGAGACAACACCGGACUGGGACUGGGAGGAAUGCCUCAUUUUCUUCCUACACGGCGUGAGCGCCGCGUCCCACCUUAUCCUGGCGCUCGCCGUCACGGGGCGCUUGCUCCUUCGCCGCCUCUCAGCCGGCCGAACCAAGGACGGGGAGGUGGGUGGAGGAGAUGCUAGCCGCAGUCUUGGCCGGUUUCCGUACUGCUACAGGGUCUCUGUCUGCACCACGUGGGCUCUGGCGGCGUUCGAGGUGCUCCUCGCCGCCUACUCCUGGUACGCGGACGGCGGCGCCGGGUGGUCGGGCGACGCGGUCGCUGAACGGGUGGACGCGGCCGCGCGCGCGGUGUCGUGGUUGCUGCUCGCCGCGUACCUGCAGUUCGAUGUCGGGCGGCGUCGGCGCCAGGAGCGGUUCCCCGCGCCGCUCAGGAUUUGGUGGGCGCUUUUCACGCUGCUCACCGUCGUCGCCGCCGGCGUUCACGCGGCGACGAGUCUGGACGGGUUUCCCGUGCCCGGUCGGUCGUGGGCGCUCGACGCAAUCUCUGUUACUGCAGCGGUGGUUCUACUCUCAGCUGGGUUCCUCGGAAGGAAGGAGGGAAAUGGACGCGGCCAUGCUUCCGAGGAGCAGGAGCCUCUGCUUAACGGCGCGCACGGGGCGGCCGAUGACGACGACGAGAACAGCAGCAGCAGCGCCGCCGACGCAUCCUUGUUCACUGGCGCCGGCUUUCUUAGCGUGCUCACCUUCUCUUGGAUGGGGCCUCUGCUCCGCGUGGGCCACAGGAAGACCCUCGCCCUGGAGGAUGUCCCGGGCCUCGAACCAGGCGACAGCGUUGCUGGCAUCCUCCCGCCCUUCAAGGCCAACCUUGAGGCGCUCACCCGCGACGUCAACAGCGACGGCGGCAGGUCCAGCAAGAAGGUCGUCACCGCGUUCACGCUCACCAAGGCCCUGCUGCGCACCAUAUGGUGGCACGUCGCGGUGACCGCGUUCUACACGCUGGUCUACUGCGUCGCCGCCUACGUCGGGCCGUACCUCAUAGACUCCCUGGUGCAGUACCUGUAUCUCAGCGGCGACGAGAGGUACGCGGGCAAGGGGCAGCUUCUCGUGCUCGCCUUCGUCGUGGCCAAGGUGCUCGAGUGCCUGUCGCAGCGGCACCUGUUCUUCCGGCUGCAGCAGGCGGGGAUACGCGCGCGGUCGGCGCUCGUCGCCGUCGUGUACCAGAAGAGCCUCGCGCUCUCCAGCCAGUCGCGGCGGAGCCGCACGAGCGGAGAGAUGAUCAACAUCGUCAGCGUUGACGCCGACCGCGUCGGCAUCUUCUCAUGGUACCUGCACGAGGUCUGGCAAGUACCGCUGCAAACAGGCAUGGCGAUGUUCAUCCUCUACUCCACCCUCGGGCUCGCCUCGCUCGCCGCGCUCGCUGCCACCGUGGCCAUCAGCCUCGCCACCGUGCCCCUGGGAAGGAUGCAGGAGAGGUUCCAGGAGAAGCUGAUGGACAGCAAGGACGCGAGGAUGAAGGCGACGUCAGAGAGCCUUCACAGCAUGAGGAUCCUGAAGCUGCAGGGGUGGGAGAUGAGAUUCCUGUCCAAGGUCAUCGAUCUGAGGAAGACGGAGGCGAACUGGCUAAAGAGAUACCUCUACACGUCGGCCACCAUGACCUUCGUCUUCUGGGGCACCCCGACCUUCGUCGCCGUGGUGACCUUCGGAGCCUGCAUGCUCAUGGGGAUCCCCUUGGAGACAGGGAAGCUGCUGUCUGCACUGGCCACGUUCCGCGUGCUGCAGGAACCGAUAUACGAACUCCCUGGCACCAUCGCGAUGGUGAUCAAGACCAAGGUGUCUCUUGCCAGGAUAGCAUCGUUCCUGUGCCUCGACGAGCUGCCCAGUGACGCUGUGCAGAGGCUUCCACGUGGCAGCUCUGAGGACUUUGCGAUCAGCGUCAGCAACGGGUGCUUCUCAUGGGAAGCCUCACCUGAAUUUCCAACACUGAAGGACCUCAGCUUCCAAGCUAGGCCAGGCAUGCGCGUUGCAGUCUGUGGGACGGUUGGCUCCGGCAAAUCCAGCUUGCUAUCCUGCAUUCUUGGUGAGAUUCCAAAGUUAUCAGGAGAGGUCCGGACCUGUGGGACAACAGCGUAUGUCAGUCAGUCGGCAUGGAUACAAAGCGGCAAAAUUCAGGAGAACAUACUGUUCGGCAAGGAGAUGGAUACAGAGAAGUACGACAGGGUCCUCGAGUCAUGCGCGCUGAAGAAAGACUUGGAGAUCUUGCCGUUUGGUGACCAGACAGUCAUUGGCGAGCGAGGCAUCAACCUUAGUGGCGGCCAGAAGCAGAGGAUUCAGAUAGCACGCGCUCUGUAUCAGGAUGCCGACAUCUAUUUGUUUGAUGACCCGUUCAGUGCAGUCGAUGCGCAUACCGGAUCCCACCUGUUUAAGGAAUGCUUGCUUGCUGAUUUGGCUUCAAAAACAGUGGUUUAUGUCACUCAUCAGAUUGAAUUCCUACCCGCCGCCGAACUCAUUCUUGUCAUGAAAGAUGGGAGAAUAGCACAGGCAGGAAAAUACGAUGAAAUACUGGGUUCAGGCGAAGAGCUCAUGGAGCUAGUUGGUGCCCACAAGGAGUCUCUAACAGCACUUGAUGUGAUCGAUGGCAUGAACGAAGACAAUGCAUCCUCCUCCUCUCCCAGUGGCAGAGAGAAGCAGAAUCUGUCCAGAUCACUGUCAUUAGCUGAGAAGAAACAUGAAGCCAACGAUGAUGAAGGGAAUGAUGCUCAGAGUGGGCAGCUAGUGCAGGAGGAAGAAAGGGAGAAAGGCAGGGUGGGGUUCUGGGUCUACUGGAAGUACCUCACGCUAGCUUACAAGGGUGCUCUUGUACCCUUGGUGUUGCUAGCACAGAUGCUUUUUCAAGUAAUUCAGAUUGCGAGCAAUUACUGGAUGGCUUGGGCUGCUCCGGUGUCAAAGGAUGUUGAGCCUCCGGUGAGCAUGCCGACGCUGCUCAGUGUCUAUGUGAUGCUGGCUCUUGGAAGCUCGUUGUGCAUCCUCGUAAGAUCACUGCUCCUUGCAACAGCUGGGUACAAGACAGCGACUUUGUUGUUCAACAAGAUGCAUUUCUCCAUAUUCAGAGCUCCUAUGUCUUUCUUCGAUUCCACUCCGAGCGGGCGCAUCUUGAAUAGGGCUUCAACUGAUCAAAGUGAAGUGGACACCAACAUUGCUGACCAGAUGGGCACUGUUGCAUUUUCCAUGAUUCAGCUUGUUGGAAUUAUUGUGGUGAUGUCUCAGGUUGCAUGGCAGGUCUUUGUUGUUUUCAUCCCUGUAUUUGCUGCCUGUGUCUGGUAUCAGCAAUACUACAUUGACACGGCUAGGGAGCUGCAAAGGCUAGUAGGAGUUUGUUAUGCUCCUAUCAUACAACACUUUGCAGAAUCAAUAGCAGGGUCAAGUACUAUUAGAAGCUUCGGCAAGGAAAAUCAGUUUGUGACAACUAACAGUCGUCUAACAGAUGCCUACUCUCGGCCCAAAUUCUACAACGCUGGAGCAAGGGAGUGGCUAUGCUUUCGUCUGGAUGUGCUGUCAUCUCUUGUAUUUGCCUUCUCUUUGAUCUUUUUGAUCAAUCUACCAACCGGUCUCAUUGAUCCAGGUAUUGCUGGUCUUGCUAUCACAUACGGGCUUAGUCUGAACACGUUGCAAGCACAGGUUGUCUGGAGCAUGUGCACUUUGGAGAACAAGAUUAUAUCAGUGGAGAGAAUUCUGCAGUACAUAAGCAUUCCUACAGAACCCCCGCUUGUCAUGUCAGAAAAUAAGUUGGCUCAUAACUGGCCUUCAAAUGGAGAAAUUCAGCUUCAUAAUCUCCAUGUGAAAUAUGCACCACAGUUGCCCUUUGUUCUGAAGGGCCUUACAGUCACUUUUCCGGGUGGCAUGAAGACCGGUAUAGUUGGAAGAACAGGAAGUGGCAAAUCAACCCUCAUUCAGUCCCUCUUCCGUAUUGUUGACCCUACUGUCGGUCAGAUACUAAUCGAUGGCGUCGACAUCUGCACAAUUGGACUACAUGAUCUGAGAUCCAGACUGAGCAUCAUUCCACAAGAGCCGACGAUGUUCGAAGGAACUGUCAGAAGCAACCUUGAUCCCCUAGGGGAGUACUCUGAUGAUCAAAUCUGGGAGGCUUUGGAUUGCUGUCAGCUAGGGGACGAAGUUAGGAAGCAGGAGCUGAAGCUUGACUCACCAGUUAUAGAGAAUGGCGAGAACUGGAGUGUGGGCCAGCGUCAGCUCGUGUGUCUUGGUAGGGUAAUUCUGAAACGGAGCAAGGUUCUUGUUCUGGACGAAGCUACCGCCUCAGUGGAUACUGCAACCGACAACUUGAUCCAGAGAACACUGAGGCAGCAGUUUAAAGAGACGACCGUCAUCACGAUAGCGCACAGGAUCUCGUCCGUUCUUGACAGCGACAUGGUGCUGCUUCUUGACAACGGCGUGGCCGUGGAGCACGACAGGCCCAACAAAUUGCUGGAGGAUAAGUCAUCUCUGUUCUCAAAGCUCGUAGCAGAAUACACCAUGCGGGCGGCGCAUACAUAACAUAGCAGACGAUUGAAGAUGGUUCUUUCGUCUACCCAUCGGUUGAGGCAUACCAAGUCAUCGAAAAUGACCAAAAUUUACUAUUGCCAGAUUGCGCUAGUCCAAGCACAACCAUGGCGAUCUUCUCAAAAGAAAAACCCAACUACAAGCAGCGAGAGGGAUUACAGAGCAGAUGGGUAGUAGUUAUUACCACAUUAAAAAUAAAACCCAUAAAUACAGAUACUUGGCAAAAAAAAACUAUUUUAAUACAAGUACAUGUUAAAUUUCAUUUUCAGAAACUAUAUGCCUUUUCGUCACGUCACAAGUAGUGGCAUGACUAAAUGAAUACUACUACCCUAAUUGACACACUAA